CAUGAAUCAUCAUUCAGAAUGGAGUCUGCAGGAAGUCUGAUUCUCAAAGUUGAUGUCAGAAAAAUAUUUUCAUAAUUCUAUGUCAGCUUUGAGGUUGAAAAGAAAAGGAUAAAUUUGAAUCUUGUAAGAUUAAACAUUGCUCUAGUUGAGGACAUUCAGCAAAUAUGGGUUGAUUGUUUACUAAUUAAGGGAAGGCAAAAUCAGUAUGUAGAGUUGAAUCGACUAUGGCAGAAGCAUCAAGCUCCUCAGGCUAUGGUGCUGUAGAUGAUUUAUCUUUGCCUAUUCCACAGUCUCCACAUUUAGAGAGAGUUCAUAUAAGAGAGAGAAGCAACAGUGAAAAUGACCUGACUGCUGGUUCACCACAAAAUCUAUCAUUCCUAGAUGUUAGUACAAGAGCAGUUGAUUUGUCAAAGGACCCAACAAUAAAAGUGACCUGGGAUAUAAAAGAAGAUGUGAGUGCAGAUGAUUGGAUCGGUUUAUAUUCUUCAGGAGAGACAGACAAGUCUCAGUUUUGGGACAGUAAAGGUCGAGGAGGAAAUGGAGGACAAACAGGAGAACUCCUUUGGGAUUUACAUGAUGUAAUGUACAAAUUUACAGAAGAUAAGACCAAAGUGUGUUUCAAGUACUAUAUUGGUAAUACAAGUCAGAUAGUAGCCACUAGUCCAUCUGUAACAGUCAUCAAUAGUAAAACAGGAAAGAAAUAUACAAAUGAAGAAUACACACAUGCAUUAGUGGAUUACAAGAAGAACUUAGUACGAAUUAUCUUGUCAGAUUUAGAAGCAUGUAACCUAAAGAAGGGAAUGUUCUUUAAUCCUGACCCUUAUGUUAAAAUGACAUUGAUCCCUAGCAAAGUGUAUUCCCCACAAGUACAUCAUUACCAGGAAAGAAGAACUUCUAUAGCCAGUAAUACAACUAAUCCACACUGGAAAAAUCAGACUUUUACCCUAGACACUCUACCUGCUGAUGUUAUUGAAUUUGAAAUCAAAGAUAAAUUUGCUAAGAGUCGACCAACUAUUAGUAGAUUUCUAGGGAAAGCUUCUCUACCUGUACAGAAAGUCCUUAAUAAAUCAGUUCCAGGGGCUGCUGAAUUUGACUUAGAUUUAACCAGACGUAACCCAUCAGACAGUGUGUCUGGCUCCCUCAGAUUCAUGGCUGAAGCAGAGAUUUAUGAUGGAGAACACUUUACAUUUCCAGCAGUUAGACAAAAAGCACCAAACAAGCGUCAGGUGUCUCUUCCAGAAGAAAGUUUUAGUUUUAAAAAAUCACCUCAAAUUCAACGACAUAACACAGAUCCGGAAUCUGUAACUAAUGGCAACUGUGACACAAAUAUUGAUAAUGAUCAGGAAGAUUCUGGCAUAUCUUUACCUCAUGAAAGAAUUCCUGAUGAUGUGGAUAUAGAACUAGCAGAAAAUGAAGCAGAAAUAUUAAGUUGUAGUCCUCCUAAUCUUGCUUCUGUGCCUAGCAUCGUUUGUGGUUACAAUAGUCAUAUAGAUUCACAAAGUUUACGAAGUGAUGAGAUAAGUACAGCACCGAAUAGUGAUAAUUCAGGAGGAAUGGAAAUAGAAUCUUCUUUAGGAAAUAAUGAAGCAUUAAAUGGCUUGACAUUAAUUCAUGCAUUUGAUAGUUCAAGUGGAAAUUCUUCAGCAGAAAGAAUUGAAUCAUCAGAAUCUGUGUUGGACCGUGAUGAUAUUAUGAGCACGGCUAGUUCAUGUGAUGUAGAAGUACAGCUAACAUUAAUGGGGGUUGAAGGGGGAACUGAUGAGACUUUACCUGGACCCCCUCCUACCUUACCCCCAAGAACUUACAAAGCUCCACCGCUUCCCCCUCGGAGUAGGAAUAGUGAUGCCCCACCUUUACCCCCCAGGACCCCAGAAAGGACACUAGAGAAACCAACCUUUCCCAAAUCUUCUGUGAGUCCAGUGGCCAUAUCUGAUGGUCAUUCGUUAGAGUUACCUCCCCCUCCUUUGCCACCAAGGACAUAUAGUCCUAUCAGUUUGACCUCUAAUUCUGAUGAGUUAUCUCUUCCAGCAUUGGCCGAGGCUGCAGUGGAGGAGGAGACCAAAGACAGUUUUGAUAGUACUGAGGCAUUCUUGGGUUCAAAUGACAGUUGUGGCUCAGAAGGGGCUGUAGGAGGUCCUGUCAAGGUUAAAAAUGAAUCUCCACAUAAUAUAAUACGGACAAAACAUGGUUCACUAAAAGGUGGAGGAUCUUCUCAUAAAGUAGAAAUAGCCAGAGCUUCAACCAUUGAUAAUUCUAACUGUGAUUUAGUUGUGAAACAAAAAACAAGGAAAACACAUAGUGAUCCAACAAAAAAUGACACAUCAUCAACAAGUGAUAUUAAUUUGUCAGAUUCUAGUAGAAAUUUAUUUGCUCAGUUAUCUUCCUUGCCUUCUAUAGAUUCUGUUGUUUCUGUCAGUCAGUGUAAAAGAAACAGUCAUUCUGUAGAAUGUAGCCCACGAUCAAGUCCUGUGUCAGUCAUUACAUCAUAUUCAGACUCAGUCACAGAUAAAACACGUCACAAACAUAAACAUAGUGAUAGGACUUAUAAACAAAGUGAUUCAGUACAUGCAACACCAAUUCGGCCAGUUUGUGAUAGGUCAUCAGUGUCCGCUUCUCCUCCCAGAAUAGUGCCAAGAACACGAAUGCUUAGUGAGGAGGAAAAGCAACAAAAUAGACAGCAUAUUGUGCAACAACUUCAGCAAUGGACAGAAAAACAAAAACACAAAUCAAAAGCAGAAUCUAAUAAUGGCGAGGAUAGUAGUUUUUCAGGUUGUGAGAAUUCUAGUGUUAGUAAUGAAACGUUGGAAAAUGUAUCUGGGAUGUCAUCGUUAGACUCAGUAUCCCCUUCUUUGCAUGAUCAGACUGAUAGUCAAAGUGCAACAGCAAGCCCAGUAAAUGGUACCUCAGAAGAUCAACCAUCUAAUUCAGUUGUGUGGCAGUUAAGACAGCCACAAUCUCAGCCACAAGCAUCAACUUCAGCACAAAUCCCAGAGCCACAGUCACCCCUACCUAAACUACCAGCCAGGAAAAAGUUCCAGAAGGUAGACCCUACACAUGGGGAUGACCCCUUACCUCCAGGUUGGGAGGCAAGAGUAGAUAGUCAUGGGAGAAUAUUCUAUAUAGAUCAUAUCAACAGAACAACAACAUGGCAGAAACCAUCUAGUGGUCAGAACACAAUACAAAGACGUCCUACAAUCAGCUCGGAACAAAGACAACAACUGGACAGACGAUAUCAGAGUAUCAGAAGGACAAUCAAUCAACGACCUGAACCUGAACCACCAAGUGCUGAGUCAUCUGGUGGCAGUGAUGGGAGUCCCCAGACUUCAGCCCAGGCUAGAGUACCUCCUCCACCCACCAUGCCUGUACCCCCAAUCCCCACACCAGUGGUGCCAGAACCAGACGAUGCACGGCCACCAGCGAUCAAAUUUUUACUCAGGACAGAUUUCUUUCCUCUUUUACAGCAAAAUGAUAGGGCAAUGGCUGAAUACAAUAGAAAUGGCACUUUAAAGCAUAUGAUACACAAAACACGUAGAGAUUCCAAAAACUUUUACAGAUAUCAGCAUAAUCGUGAUUUGGUAGCUUUUAUUAACCUGUUUUCUGAUAGCAGUAAAGAAAUGCCUCCUAAUUGGGAAAUGAAGUUUGACAGGGGAGGCAAGAUGUUUUUCAUAGAUCACAAUAAAAGAUUAACAACAUUCCUAGAUCCCAGACUACCUACAGAUGUCCCUCCUAUAAAUACAGAUUUCUUACAUUCAAAUCUUUUUACUGGCAGAAAUCGUGGAGUUAGGGUGGUUGAUGAUUCACCAAGAAAUCAUAGUUCAGGAUCUUCACAAGCACGACCUCCUGUACAAGAACCAGAUGUUCCCACAACUUACAAUGAAAAAGUAGUAUCUUUUCUGAGGCAGCCAAAUGCAAGUGACAUUUUAAAAGAAAAAUACCCAACCUAUGCAUCAACUUCUAAAUUAAGAGACAAAGUGAAUAAAAUCCAGUCUGGUGGUACGGAGGCACUGGAGAGAAUGUGCAAUGACUUGGAUCUUAUCUUAUUGUUAAGUGUUUUUGAGAAUGAUAUUAUGUCUUACAUCCCCUCCCAGCUGUUACAACCUCCAAGGGCUGAUUCUCCAGUAGAAGCCAGUCAAGGAUCCCCAAAUAUUCAAAGAAUACGAGUACAUGCUCCACAGAAGAGAGAUUUUCAAGCAAAGUUACGCAAAUUCUACAAACAAUUAGAAACCAAAGGCUAUGGACAAGGCCCAUCCAAAUUAAAAUUAAUGGUCAGAAGAGAUCAUGUUUUAGAGGAUGCUUUUAAUAAAAUAAUGUCCACACCAAAGAAAGAUCUGAUGAAAAGUAAACUUUACAUUACUUUUGUUGGAGAAGAAGGGUUGGAUUAUGGUGGUCCUGCUAGAGAAUUUUUCUUCCUGUUAUCUCGAGAAUUGUUUAAUCCCUAUUAUGGCCUGUUUGAAUACUCAGCUAAUGAUACCUACACUGUACAAGUCAGUCCUAUGUCUACCAUUGUAGAAAACCAUCAUGAAUGGUUUCGAUUUGCUGGGAGAGUACUUGGACUAGCUGUGGUUCAUCAAUAUUUACUGGAUGCUUUCUUUACCAGACCUUUCUAUAAAGCUUUAUUGAGAAUACAAUGGUCACUGGGUGAUGUUGAGACUUUAGAUGCAGAAUUUCACCAGAGUUUAUUAUGGAUUAAAGAGAAUGAUAUUACUGAGCUGGAUAUGGAUCUGACAUUUUCUGUUAAUGAAGAAGUUUUUGGACAGGUUACAGAGAGGGAAUUAAAACCAAAUGGAAAAACAUUGGCUGUAACAGAGAGAAAUAAAAAAGAAUACAUAGAAAAGAUGGUAAAAUGGAGGUUAGAAAGAGGUGUUACAGAACAGACAGAAAGUGUAGUUAGGGGAUUUAAUGAGGUUUUAGACAGUCGUAUGGUAGCUAUGUAUGAUGCUAGAGAACUAGAACUGGUUAUAGCGGGAACAGUGGAGAUCGAUGUAAAAGACUGGAGGAGAAACACAGAAUAUAGAUCUGGCUACCAUGACCAACAUCCAGUUAUACAGUGGUUCUGGCAGGCUAUAGAAAAGUUUGACAAUGAACGCAGACUUCGUCUCUUACAGUUUGUUACUGGGACAUCUAGCAUACCAUAUGAGGGAUUUUCUGCUUUAAGAGGUAGUAAUGGACCUAGAAAGUUUUGCAUAGAGAAAUGGGGUCGUACCACCAGUCUUCCAAGAGCCCAUACUUGCUUCAAUAGAGUUGAUCUUCCCCCAUACACUUCAUUUGACAUGUUAUAUGAGAAACUGGUGACUGCAGUGGAGGAAACAAGCACCUUUGGAAUAGAGUGAAGAAGACAUCUACUGGUAUAAACUAUUAAUCAUCUAGUGCAAUAUAGGAAGUGGUGGACUUCAGUAAUCAUAUCAAUAUUAUUGCUGCACAAAUAGUUGACUUUCAAACUACCCAAUAUGUGCCAAUAGAUAUAGAUAAAUCUAUCUUCACAUUAUUUACCUUGCCAGGGCUUCACACUUGUCAAUUACAGUUAAAUCAUAUUUUAAUUUUGUUGGAAUUAAAUCAUGAACAAAUUUAACAAAGUUAUUUGAGACUUAAAAUGUGAAUGUCAUUUAACUUUUAAUUGACUUUAUGACUGAAUAUUCACCACUGAAACUAAGAAGCAAGGAAUUAUAAGUAAUACCAUGUAACUUUACAUUUAGAAAUGAACAAAGGUUUCUUGCAAUGUAGUUGCUAUAUUUAUAUUUUCUUAGAUAGAUAAAUACAAUAUUAUAUGUAUACAUAUAUAUAUUUACAAUCUUUUUGGGACCUAAUCAUAAGUUUACCAGAAUGAAGACAUUAAAACUAUACACUACUAUUUUUAAAUGUCAAAAUACUGGCUUUAAGUUAGCACAAUAGAAUUUUUGGAAAAAGAAACUUGGUUUGCUUUAAAAGCUGUUUUCUUUGUUAUUUUUUAAGAUAUGAAGACAAGAAAAGGUACUUAAUGUACGGAGAAGCACAAAGCUUUGAAAUACUAUACGAAAAUAUUAGAUAGGUACCAUAUUUCAAGAAGCUUUUUUUCUUUUGUAAUUUCCGAUUUUCCAAAUCAUCAUUUUCCAAGACAGUGCCCCAAAUUUGUAAUAUCAUUUACCACAAUUUUUUAAUUGCUGGAUCUUUUUUUGCUUAAAUGAACUUUUUAAUCCCAAAUAGUCAAAAUCGAUUUAUUUUUUAACUGAAUCUUUUGAAUCACCAAAAGUUAAAAACCUGAGAAACACUUCUGUCAAAUUUUUUAUCCUGUCUCUGAUAAAAUGAACCUCUCUCAAGUUGUUCGGUAAUUUUAUACUUUUGUUAAAACAAAAAGUUCCAUAUAUAUUUAAUCAUUUAGAAACAUGUUGAUAGGAUGCCAAUUUACCUACACUUAGUUUUGAAAAUUGGUCUGUGCUAUCUCUCCUUUAAUCUGGUACUUCAUUUUUCAUUUAAUAUGCUCUAAAAUAAGACAGUUAUUUGUAAUAUUAUUAUAAUGACAUACUACGGUCAACUUGCUGAUUUUUUAAAACAAUAAAAUAUUAAAGAAUAUUAAGAGAGUACACACUUUGACCCAAAUACAUUGUACUCUUCUACCAACAAGUAGGUAAGGUCAAAAUAUCUUAAGAAAAUUUAAGUAGGUGAACAUUGAAGUUUGUUUUGUUUUUCAGAUUUGGUGAUUCAAAAGUUCAAACUUUUAUAUACUUUU